UCUCGAUGCCCGCUUAUCCCUCUCGGAGAGUAGCCCGUUCCUUCCUCUCCUCCUUUUUCACCGCAUUUUUCCUUCUUGAGGCCAGAACACCGCGCGAUAACCCGCGACGAACGGAGGGAAAGUCCUCCGCGGUGGUAACGGACAGUCGUGGCCAACCAGAUCGUGAGAUUCGGUCACUUCGUGCGGGGUGUCGCGCGCUGCAAGGUGAACGAGUCGCAGCGCGGUGCACAUCGUAUAUGCAGAUCCCGCAUACGGUUUCAAUGCAAUUCUGCACGAGGCGAUCGUUUCUCCGUCACCGAGUAUCGCCAAGUGCCGAUCGCCUGGAGACUUCUCUCGCGCGUCUCAGUGUCCUCCUCGUCGUGGCCGUUACUAUCACCGUUACUGCAGCGACCGCGAAUGUCCGAGCUGGUACCGGCUGCUGCCGCGGACGAUAUGCGUAUCUUUGUACGUGCGAUAAGUGCGGCUUCGGCGGUGAUGUUGAAAUAAGCGCGUGCGGCGAGCGAUUAGUCAGAUCAACGAAACGAUUAUUCCGUCACGACCACGCAUCCUUUCGCGGUUGGUGACACCGGUGACCGAGCGUAGGAAGAAGAAGUACGAAGAGGUUGCAUCCUGCUCGGCGGCGUCGAUCUCCGCGUGAUCUCCGCGGAGGAUCGGCUUCCGGUGUGUGCGGUGCGCAAUCGCGAAAAAUCGGUCUCUCGAGCCGCGACGAGCGCUUAACGGGAACCCAAGCGCAGGAAGUGCUCCAGUUUCAUCGCGGCCUGCAACUCGCGCACGACUCGGAGAAAGGCACAGUCCGGUGACGGCGAUUAGGCACGAAUUCCGGUCGGGUUCGUUAGCUCUUGGUGAAUUCCCGUGACACGGGCGAGCGAGCAGGUGGAGUGCCGCAUUCGCGGCACGUCGAUCGAGGGGAGACUUCAACGCGUGUGCAACGCGCAUCCGGAUUCGCCGGGUAUUGAUUCGCGCAUCUGGAAAUGCCGGCGUUGAGGCUCUGCGGACGAAAAUGGUUGGCCGCAACCGACGAUCUCGUGUAUCCCGGGUUAUUCGAAUUAUUUAUUCGCAUAGUAUGGUUGAUUCUUAUAGGGAUCGCCUGUAUAAAGUAUUACGAGAAUACGUGGAACUGUCAAUUGGGAGGUGAAUUAGUGCGCGCGUACCUCCUAGGUGAAGCGGUCAUGCUCGGUAUCGUCACGCUUUUAGUACUCGUCAUCAUCAGGCAUAGCGCGAAAGGAGCUAUCAUGGACACGCAUGCCCGACGCUACGUUGAACCGCUCCUAAUGAUCAAGAUAUCGAUGCUGCUGCCGGAGAUUGGAUGGAACAUUUUGGGUACCAUGUGGAUUUUCGGACAGAGCGUCGAGUGCAAUCACGAGCAGUAUUCCAUCACCGUCGUGGAGGCCUUGGUGUUCUUCGAUUGGAUCCUCAUCGGUCUCAGCAUCUUCGGCCUCGCCCUGGUAUUCGAUCCGAUCGGCUCCUUGGACAAGAAGCAGCUGGAGAGCUCCGUGGAGCACGGCAAGGUCUCCCGCAUCUGGCUACGGCGAUUCAAGUUCCUGUGGUGGAUGCGCAAGGACGAGAGCGCGAACGAGACCUUUCAACAUGUCGCUGGUCUUUUAACCGCGCUGUUCCGCGGUACGGACCUGGUCCCUUCGGACGUGAUGGCGGGAUGUAUUUUAUUGAGGGUCCGACAGAAACGCGAGACUCACGAAUUACGAAGACUGAAUUUAAUCUCGCGUCCAAAAUACACCUCAGACAGCAGCGUGAUCUUUUCCAACACGCCUAGCUGGAUGUCCUUGGAAGCUGCUCAUUACUUUUUGCAACUCUCGAUCGCUUCCUACGGCUGGCUUUUCGUCAUUUAUCAGCAUUUAUGUACCGGCUGUUUCCGCUUAAUACGGGGCAUGACGUGCUGCGCUUGUUUCCGACGGAAACGUAACGUUAUUCUGGACGACAAUUGUUGUCUUUGCUAUCUUUCUGGCGUCAAAUACCUAUCGAAACUGUCUGAGGAGGACAUCCUUUUCGCUUCCUUCAAGAAUCAUUUAUGCGAAAUACCGUUCUGCGUAAUAGCGGAUCACAAAACUGCUAGUAUUGCCGUGGUCAUACGAGGUUCGUUAUCCUUGCGGGAUUUAAUCACCGAUAUCGCGGCCGCAUCCGACUCAUUCGAGUGUCCUGGCGUUCCUCCCGGCAGCACGGCGCACAAAGGCAUGAUAAUUGGAGUUAAAGUAAUCUUGAAGCAGUUGGAGCAGUACAAGGUUCUGGAAAGAGCAUUCGCCACGUAUCCCAAUUACCAUUUGACGAUUACGGGUCACAGUUUAGGGGCCGGUUUAGCCAUUCUGCUGGGAUUGCUCAUACGUCCUCGUUAUCCGGACUUGCGCGUCUACGCGUUCGCUACGCCUGCUGGACUGCUCAGCAGAGAAGCUGCAAGGAUCACGGAGGAAUUUGUACUGACCAUAGGGCUUGGAGAUGAUCUUGUAAUGCGGCUCAGUGUGGAGAGUAUAGAAAACUUGAGGACGUCAUUGCUGACAACCCUUCGAGCCUGCCGACUGCCCAAGUAUAGGGUAGUGCUGAACGGAUUUGGAUACGCUCUAUUCGGCGUGCCCGAGAGGGAUCUAUCAAAGACGUGGAAGAAUUAUAACAUAAUUAAUACAGUACCGGCUCACUCGCCUUUACUUGUGAAGUCCGUCAAUGCGGAUAGCAAAAUAAUCGAGCGUGACAUAACGAAAAGAAGGUAUUCCAAAGUGAAACUGUUUAAUGCCGGUCGUAUACUUCACAUAGCAAGAUGCAAACUCGAGAAGACGGAAGGCAAGAGCAAAAAACAACUUACAAAGGAAAGAAAAUACGAGAUGAGAUGGGCACAGGCGGAAGAAUUUGCAAAAUUAUCGGUAAUGCCACGUAUGCUUCUGGAUCAUUUGCCGGAAAACAUAGAGCGAGCCUUGGCCACGUUACUGGAGCAACAGAAUGAUAUACCUUAUUACUUUGAUCCUUAGUGUAAUCCAAAGAAAUGACUUUUUAGUUUUAAUAAAAAGAAUUCUCUCAAAA